UGCCUCUUGCUUCCCCGUCCCCUGUCCUCUUUCCAAACUCAAACAAGCUCUCUUCUCUCUGUCUCUCUUCUCUCUGAUUAUCUCUCUAACGCAUGAGAGAACUAACUCAUCUCACAAUCUCAGCCUUUGAUUAUAUCGCAAGCUUAGAUGGAGAACACUCAAGGAUCCUCGCCGCCGCACAUGGACGCUUCUCGGCCGUCACUAGGAUUCCCUCUCGGCACAGCUCUGCUUCUCAUAAUCAUUUUCAGCCUCUCCGGAAUAUUCUCUUGCUGUUACCAUUGGGACAAACAUCGCUCUCUCCGCCGUUCUUUGGCCAAUGCCUCCGCUGACAUUGAGUCCUCUCUGUUCAAACCUAGACAUCCUUUUCCGGAUUUGAAGAAGCCCCAGGAUCUAAGCAUAACGGUGUUGAUGCCUGGAGAUAAUACGCCUAAAUUUAUAGCAUUGCCGUGUCCAUGUGCCCCGCCUCGGCCGGAGAAGCUUACCGUUGAUGUUCAAAGUCCACCACACUCACCGCCUGUUAAGCCCCCGCGUUUUCCAGUUCCUCUUUGUUAGGUUUAAUCAGCUAAAAGAUAACACAAAGGAGAAAAAAGUCAAAAUAUCUCGUUUUGAUGUACAUAUGAAUCAUAAUUUUUUUUUCUUUUGAAACUAUCAUAAAUUUAAUUUUGUUCACUGAUUUAUUACUAUGUAUUCAGUUGGCAACAUUAUGAAGUGGUUUGAAUGUGUGAA